ACAAAUUCUCGUCGAGGCAUCCCGUCUCAGGCGUGGAGCUUGGUUGGGUUCACUCUGCGUUUUCUGAGAAAUCUAUCGAUCUCUUCUUUCUUUCUGUCGCCGAGAGAUAUGGCCCGAACGAAGCAGACGGCAAGGAAAUCGACGGGAGGGAAGGCUCCUCGUAAGCAGCUGGCGACCAAGGCAGCUCGAAAGUCUGCACCGGCCACCGGAGGCGUGAAGAAGCCACACAGGUUUAGGCCUGGAACCGUGGCACUUCGUGAGAUCAGGAAGUACCAGAAGAGCACAGAGCUCUUGAUUCGGAAGCUACCUUUUCAGCGUCUCGUCCGUGAGAUUGCUCAGGACUUCAAGACCGAUUUACGUUUCCAGAGCAGCGCUGUCGCUGCUCUUCAGGAAGCCGCCGAAGCCUACUUGGUCGGACUCUUUGAGGAUACCAACCUUUGCGCUAUUCAUGCCAAGAGGGUUACCAUUAUGCCUAAGGAUAUCCAGCUUGCCCGCAGGAUUCGCGGCGAGAGGGCGUGAGGAAGAGCUAAGAUAGAUGUAGUUCUGUUCUGUCUUUCUGUUCCUGUUCUUCUUUUGUUCCUUUUUGCUUCGCUCCUGUGGUGUUCGACGAAUGGUCAUGUAAAUUAUUUUAAUGUUGUGGGGUUGGAUAGAAAAGAUUCUGCUUACUGUCUCUGUUAUUUUUAAACCUGAAAUUAACUUUCGUUUCUGUUUUCCCUCAA